AUGGCGACCGGCAGCCAGGCGAUUAUCAUCGUCACCGCCGUCUUCCUGGCCCUCUCCCUUGUCACUGUGUCUUUGCGGUGCUUUGUACGCCUGCGCGUGGUGAAGUCGUUUGGCCGCGAUGAUGCUCUGAUGGUGGCGGCGGCGAUUUCCAACAUCGCAUGCGCAGCGUUUGGAAUUUUCGGCGCUGUGCACGGCAUGGGAAAGUCUUCCGGAUAUCUUCUUCUGCACCCAGACGAUGUGCGAUUGGGGCUGCUGGGCUGGUGGCUCGGCCAAUGUUUCUACAUCAUAACCUGCACCCUGGCCCGCAUGUCCAUCGCCAUCACUCUCCUCCGUAUCGCUGUCGAGCCUAUCCACCAGCGCAUUCUCUACUCUGUCAUCAUGCUCUCGACCAUCGUCGGCAUCGUCUUCUUUUUCUUCACCAUUUUCCAAUGCAGCCCUGUUCAUUACUACUGGGACCGGACGACAAUGCUGAACGGCCAUUGUCUCAAUAUAAACGCACUGCUUGGCAUUGUUUAUAUGUAUAGCGGCGUGGCUGCCGUGUGCGAUUUCACCAUGGGGAUUUUGCCGGGAUUCAUGAUAAGGAAGUUGCAGAUGAACAGGCGGACCAAAAUCGCAGUCUCCGGAAUCCUGGGCAUUGCUUGUGUUGCAAGCACCGCUGUAAUUGUUCGCAUCCCCUUUUUACAUGACGCAAAUAGCCCAAAUUUUCUUUAUACAACAACUGAUAUAUCGAUCUGGUCCAAUAUUGAGGCUAGCCUGGGCAUUACCGCUGGCAGCCUCGCCGUUACGCGACCGUUCUUUCGCAUUUUCGCCUCGCAUGCGGGUUCAUCACAAACCAACGAAGACUCGUAUAUCAUGCUGAGUGGUAACAGACCUAACGUUGUGCUAGGAAGGUAUAACACUCCCCUACAGCAUCCCCCGAGUAGUCGAUCGGAGGGGAGUCUUUGCGGAGACUGUCAAAAGUCAAUUGAAACGAGAAGAAGUUAUGAUUAA